AUGCCGCCCAACUGUUGGAAUGUUGGAAUUGUUGGCUACGGCUUCAGUGCGAAGAUAUUCCAUAUCCCAUUCAUUACUCAGGUCCCUGAACUGAAGCUAUACGCGAUCGUGCAACGUACUCCAAGGCCCGACGAUGACGCUGAGGUCGGCCACCCGGGCGUCAAGUCAUACCGAACCGCUGGGGAUAUGAUGAAGGACCCUGCGGUCGAAGUUGUGAUCAUUACUACCGCACCUGACUCGCAUUUCGCACUGUCAAAACUGGCCAUACAAGCUGGAAAGCAUGUUGUGUGUGAGAAGCCAUUCACUCCUACAAGCCUGGAGGCAGACGUUUUGAUUGCAUUGGCAAAGGAACACAAAACACUUCUUUCAGUAUAUCACAACCGACGCUGGGAUGCCGAUUUUGUGACUCUGGCAAAACUCAUUGAGAAUGGCUCGCUGGGACGAAUAACUGAAUUUGAAACGCAUUUUGAUUACCAUUUUCCCAAUCCACCGGCUCCGGAUGCUCACAAAUGGAGGGGCAAAGCAAUGACUGGUGCGUCUGGCGUAUAUGAUCUUGGGGUUCAUCUUCUAGAUCAAGCGAUCCAGCUCUUCGGCCUGCCUAGUGAAGUCACCGGCUUCAUUGGUUCAGAUCGAGAACCGAACACUUCUGGAUUUGAAGACUCCUUCACGGUCCUGCUACACUACACCAACGGCAUGAAAGUCACUGCCAAAGGAACUGUUGUUAGUCCGGAAGAUGACUUCAAGAAGUUUCACUUGGAUAUCCAAGAAGACCAGUUGAAGACUGGUAUUAUGCCCUCUGAGAGCACUUUCGGUCAUGAGCCUAGUGAGCGAUACGCUACUUUAACGAGCGUUCAGGGAUUUGAUCCUACUACCUUCACUAAGAAGACUAUUCCGACCGUGGAUCCUCCGACCUACACUGAGUUCUACCGAAGGUUUGUUCACGCUCUAAGUGGCAAUGGGGAGGUUCCAGUUAGCGGUGAAGAUGGUCGACGGGCUAUUCAUUUGGUCGAACUUGCAUAUGAAAGUUCUCGGACUAGACGCACAAUAGCCCUACGCUAG